UCGAUUUGUGUUUGCUCUCUGUCCUAUCCUCUACCAGUCAGCGUCAUAUUGAUUUUUGAAGUUUAAAAGUUAAGAGUUUUCUUCCUGAUUUGUGUUCUUUCAUAAAAUUAUAUGUCCUAUGUAACAAAGUUCUAGGAAACUUUGUGGAGAUGGCGUUUUCUGCCAUUUACUUUUUGGAUAACAAAGGCCAGGUUCUAAUCUCACGAAAUUACCGAGGGGAAGUUGAAAUGUCGAUGAUUGAGAAGUUUAUGCCUUUACUUGUAAAGGAGGAGGAUGGAGCUUUGUAUCCCAUUUUAAAGCAAGACCAAGCCUAUUUUCUAUGGAUUAAAUACAAAAACAUCUACAUGGUGUGUACAACAAAGAGAAACACCAACAUUUCAUUAUCAUUUUCAUUUCUCUUCAAAGUAAAACAGAUUUUCAUCGAGUACUUUGGAGAUCUCGAACGGGAGAGUAUAAAAGACAAUUUUAUUCUAAUCUAUGAGCUCCUUGAUGAGAUUAUGGAUUUUGGCUACCCGCAGAUCACAGAAACUAACAUCCUGCAGGAAUACAUCAUGCAGGAAGGCUACAAAUUGAAGCAGGGGGCACCUCGACCUCCAGCUGCUGUAACCAAUGCUGUAUCCUGGCGAUCAGAAGGAAUCAAAUAUCGAAAGAAUGAAAUUUUCAUGGAUAUCAUUGAGUCUAUUAACUUCCUGGUAAACACUCGGGGCUCCGUGGUGAACAGUGAGAUUAUGGGACAGAUUGUGAUCAAUUGCUGCCUGAGUGGGAUGCCUGAAGUCAGCUUAUGCUUUAAUGACAAUGCUCUUUUCAACCAGGAUCAAACUAUUGUUGUGGAUUUUGAAGACAUAAAAUUUCAUUCAUGUGUUCGGCUAUCUCGCUUUGAAAAGGAACGUGUCAUCUCCUUCAUCCCACCAGAUAAAGAGUUUGAAUUGAUGUCCUAUCGAAUUACCAAUCAAGUCAGACCUUAUAUAAUAGUUGAAGCAACUGUACGGAAAUACUCACACAGCAGACUGGAGAUCUUAACAAAGGUUAAAGGGCAAUUCAAGGAGCGUCUUGUAGCUACAGAUGUCGUCAUUAUUAUCCCUGUCCCGAGUGAUGCUUCAUCGCCAAGAUUCAGCGUUGUUAAAGGUUCUGUAGUGUGGGCUCCCGAAGACAGUGCUAUCAUCUGGUCUAUAAAUUCAAUUAAAGGAGGGAAAGAAUUUACAAUGAAGGCUCAUCUGGGACUACCAAGUGUAGAGGCAGAGGAACCCGAAGCAAAACCUCCUAUCAAAGUGAAGUUCAAAAUCCAGUACCUUGCAGCAUCAGGUUUGCAGAUCAAAUACGUGCGAAUAGUUGAAAAAGGGACCUAUGAAGCGAUUUCCUGGGUUCGAAGCUUAACACAGAGUGGAGAUUUUCAAAUUCGCAUUUAAAGUAUUGUCAAGUUUAUAUCGAAGAUCAGGAGGAUUCCAAGUAUGGACGUCAUUCAAAAGAAGUUUACUGUUCUCUGAAACUGAAACUAAAAACCUUGGUACAUGAUUCAUUUUGGGAUAAAGUUAGGAUCAGUAAGGGUAUUUAAAAAAAAGUUCAAAUUUUAACUUGGAUAUCUGUUUAUUUUACUUUUCUUUUGUAUAUUGUGCAGAAAAGUUAUUAACCACUACUGUAACUAGUUCUGACGUUACAUCUGUCUUUUAUGCCAUCAGGUUGUGAAUACAGCCUCAGAUACCAUUGCUUUGUCAGUGUGAAAAUACUUAUUCAUUAAACAUAUAUGCAUACAAA